UCGCUGCGGUCACGUGACAGCCUUUCCACAUCGGCCAUAUUUUGUGUUUCAGCUGGGCCGACAAGUUCCUCGAAGGCUUUCUUGGGUACCUCUUUUAAGAAAGAUCUGAGAGGGUUGAUCAGAUACUCAAAAACACAUCAAAAUGGGAAUCAAAUUCCUCGAGUUUGUGAAGCCGUUUUGUGCGGUUUUGCCAGAAAUUGCUAAGCCAGAAAGAAAGAUUCAGUUCAGAGAGAAGGUAUUAUGGACUGCCAUCACCCUGUUUAUUUUCUUGGUUUGUUGUCAGAUUCCACUGUUUGGUAUCAUGUCGUCGGAUUCUGCAGAUCCAUUCUACUGGAUGAGAGUUAUCAUGGCCUCCAACAGAGGAACUCUUAUGGAGCUGGGGAUCUCCCCCAUCGUGACGUCUGGUCUGAUCAUGCAGCUCCUGGCUGGCGCUAAGAUCAUCGAGGUUGGCGACACCCCUAAGGACAGAGCUCUCUUCAAUGGGGCACAGAAAUUGUUUGGUAUGGUGAUUACCAUUGGUCAGUCUAUCGUCUACGUGAUGACUGGGAUGUACGGAGAACCAUCUGACCUAGGUGCUGGCGUCUGCCUUAUCAUCAUCAUUCAGUUGUUUGUAGCAGGUCUAAUUGUUUUGCUGCUUGAUGAGCUGCUACAGAAAGGCUAUGGUCUGGGUUCAGGUAUCUCCCUCUUCAUUGCCACCAACAUCUGUGAGACCAUUGUAUGGAAGGCAUUCAGCCCAGCCACUGUCAACACUGGAAGAGGAACUGAAUUUGAGGGCGCAAUCAUUGCCCUGUUCCACCUGUUGGCUACCCGUACAGACAAGGUACGCGGACUCCGGGAGGCCUUCUAUCGCCAGAACCUGCCAAACCUCAUGAAUCUUAUGGCUACCGUCCUGGUGUUUGCUAUCGUCAUAUACUUCCAGGGUUUCAGAGUGGAUCUCCCCAUCAAGUCUGCCCGCUACCGUGGUCAGUACAGCAGCUAUCCCAUCAAGCUGUUCUACACCUCUAAUAUCCCCAUCAUCCUGCAGAGUGCGCUAGUGUCCAACCUGUAUGUCAUCUCUCAGAUGUUGGCCACCAAGUUUAGUGGGAACUUCCUUAUCAACUUGUUGGGAGUCUGGGCUGAUGUUGGUGGUGGCGGCCCAGCUCGUUCCUACCCUAUUGGAGGCCUGUGUUACUACCUGUCCCCUCCUGAGACGUUAUCCCACGUGCUAGAGGACCCCAUUCACGCCAUUCUGUACAUAGUGUUCAUGCUAGGAUCCUGCGCCUUCUUCUCCAAGACAUGGAUUGAUGUCUCUGGAUCCAGCGCUAAAGAUGUUGCUAAGCAACUCAAGGAGCAGCAGAUGGUGAUGAGAGGACAUCGUGAGAAGUCCAUGAUCCACGAGUUGAACAGAUACAUCCCCACCGCUGCUGCCUUUGGUGGGCUGUGUAUAGGUGCUCUCUCUGUCAUGGCUGACUUCAUGGGCGCCAUUGGCAGUGGUACUGGCAUCCUGCUUGCCGUCACCAUCAUCUACCAGUACUUCGAGAUCUUCGUGAAAGAACAGAGCGAGAUGGGAGGCAUGAGCACACUACUGUUCUAAUCUUCUCUUACAGAAGAGACAUAGGCACAUGAUUCAAGGACUUAAUACUGCAUUUUAUACGUUUAAAAAAAAAAGACCUGGAUAAUGGAAAAGACUGCUCUUUGCAAGCACCCUGCAAAAAUACUUGUUGGUGUUGACUUUGUGUGUGAACUAUUUAAGGUAAACAACUGGAAGUGUUUUUGCAAGCUGCUCAGGGAGAAUUUGUAGAAUUGAAAAGUAGGAAGUAAAAUGGAGAAAGCUGCAAUAUUGAUAUUUAUAUGCACUGUACCAUUAAUGGGACAGUAUUGUAUGCCAAGUUUACAAAUUCUUUUGCUCUCUCUGUCAAGAGGAAGAGACAUUCAACCAUUCUGCCCACCAUUCAUAAUGCCUGUGACAGUCACUCAGUCUUGGUGGCCGCCACGUUUGUUCUCAAGAUGGCGGAUGACUUAGGCAGCAUUCCAAGGGCGAUAUUGCAAGAUGCCAAGUUUUAAAGCUAUUUGCUGUAUGUAAUGUGCUGAUGAUGGUAGUAUUCAUUACAGAGGCUUGAAAGAUUAAUAAAAUUAGACUUUAAGAUUUUUAAUUUGAAUUAUUAUUGACACUGCAGCUUAGUUGUGAAGAAAAAAGGUUACAAUGUUCAAAGUAUUUAAUUAGUAGCAAGUUGCUACUCUUUAUUGUGUAUGUAACAUAUGUAUGUAAAUUUUAAGCUGGUAAAAGUGACAACAAAAUAAAUAUUUGACAUUAAA